CAGUGCUUUGACUUCUUUUCCCUCCCUCGAGCCGCCCACAGUCGCCGCUGCAAUUAUUGCCGCAGUCCCUGACGCCUCCACGAUUUCACCUCGCGCAAAAGACGUGAGCGGUGGCAACAAUAAGUUUUGGGUGCUUGCAUCACUUGUGACGGAGCUUUUAUUUUUAUUUUUAUUUUUUCUUCUUCUCUUUCCCCUCUCCUGCAGGGCCACCCUACCACCCUGCAACUAAUACCUAGCCCUACAUAACAACCGGACGCCACCCUCUCGUUGCAGCUCCGUCUUCGUUUCUCAUCUUUCUUUAUUAUCGGCCCCACCGCACACGCCUGUCCACUCGUCAACGGCCUCAAGAGAGGCGCAAGAGUCGGUUAGGUUGAGCUGUGGAGGACGGACCCCAACACACGAUCACCCUCUGAAUAUGGACGGACUCCCAACGCCGGCCACGAUGCCCAAGAUGGACCGUUCCGACUCAUCAUCUGGCUCCGAGGUCGACACUCCUCCCCUCGGCCCCACCAUCCACGCCCCGGUCCCAAUGCGCCCACGGUUGCCGAGCAGGAAAAGCAGCGGCACCAUGGUGGUGCCGAGAGACUCGAUCGAUGCCAGCCAACCUUGCGAAAUCGACUUUGAGCCGGGCGAUGUCCGAGCCAUGAGUCCCAGGAGGACGACCGAAGACAUCGAGGCCAUGGGGAGAGAGGCCAGAGAGGAGCUCAGGAGACACGCCAAGGCGCUCCAGGACUCUCUCAUCAUGAUCUUCAACCGCAUCGAGGCCGUCAAGGAGGAGCACGACAAGCUGGACAGCAACAACAAGUUCCUGCAAAAGUACAUUGGCGACCUCAUGAGCACAAGCAAAAUCACAUCGACUGGCGGUGGGAGGGCCAAGAAAUGACGCCAGAGCUGCGAGGCAGCCCUCGCGCCACGAUUUCUCCCUGGGCUCCGGGACGAUGCUUGGGCGGCCGUUUGCUGAGCCGGUAUACGUGCCGCCGCCGCUUCGGCUUGAGCCAGGGAUCCACGGGUGGCUGUGUUGCGGACCGAGUCGGACACGACGAGACAUUGCGUCAUGACGGGGCCGGCAUGUCAGCCCAUCCUGCAGCUCACGUCGGAUGACUUGUGCGACCGGCCCAAGUUGCAAUCUGACGACGAUCGCCACCGCCGACUCUAUCCCAUCGAAUUACGAACUGGUUCUGGUGAAGGCUCCUGUUCUUGAUUGUCGACAAGAACCGAUGCCGUAGCUCGCCAGCACCGAUUCGCCGCCACCAUCCGGCUACUUUAUUCCGACUUGCCACAACCCUACCAUCUUCCACGAAACACGACAUCAAUAAUCGCACGGGUUCUCGGGGUGAAGAACGCUUUCUGCCACAAUCGCCGCCCAAAACAACAUUUUAUCAAUAGAUAUCACGCGACCCACCCGGGGAAACCACAUCGGUCUGGUGCAGUUUAUACCCGUAUACUAUCUUUGGCCCUUUCUUUUACCGGCUGGGUGGAGUUUAUUUCUGGGCCGUGCUUGAUCUGGCGUGUCCUGCAAGACAUUCCAUUCUCGGAUCAACAUCUAGCAUGCAACCCCAACAUUAUGUGGGGGUGUCACGACAGCAUUUGCAUUUAGGGAGUUUUGGAGGCGUUUAUUCACGAUUUGUAACACAGGCGUGCAUUUUCUUUGGCGGAGUUGUGUUCAUUGGGCUAUUUCCUACUUUGCGUGUUCGUAAGCAAACAAAAAACUUGACAUUGUACGAUAUGAAAUCAUCAUCAGCCUUGCCGUUGUUGAAAUCGCGUGACUAUAAUCGCAUCCAACAGUCUCUAUCAUGUCCUG